CCUUGUUAGUUUUCCCGCGCUAUAAUCUGUCGUCGUAGUUCUUGCUGUUUGCCAGCAAACGCUUGUCAUCGUUUAACAGGCGAGGUUAUCCCGUCUAGAGCCAGUCUGACAGUCGCCUCCAUACCAUUACCCCCAAGAUCACUUCUGUCUCCCAGUCACUAGAGCAGGUAGGGCUUGCAGCUUUGGGCUUGACGAGCAGCUGAAGUUCACUAUUCCACGUGAUCCUAACCUUGUGAGUCACUGAUCUCAUACUGAUCUUUCAUUGAUCCCUGUAAUCUCGGUCAGCCGAACGUUUGUAGGAAGCCUCGCUUGACCGUAAGCGAAGGCCUUGCAUGGACGAGAGCCUGGACGGAGGGAUGAGAUGCGCCACUCGGGUCGCCCGAUGCGGUCAGAGGUGAUGCCCGCCAGGGUCGCGAACGUUCUCCGAAUUUCCCAUCUUUCUCAUCGGUGACGCUUGGGCGGGUGCUCGACCACAAAAGGCUCCUGCCAGUUCGAGAGCGACGAUUCACAUUCUUCAUCCGCCCGUGCGGCGAAUCCGAAUCUGAUCAUCGACCGCCGCCUAGUCUCCCCCGCACUCCUCCGCAUCCCAUAAAGACCCCCGGAGCUGCAGCCCACGAUGCCCAUCUCAUCCCCAGACAUGGAGGGCGGACACAUCAUCGUCGUUUCGAACCGCCUCCCUAUCACGAUUUCCAAGGAUGACAAGGGCGAGUACCACUUCAAGAUGUCCUCGGGUGGCCUCGUCUCUGCCCUCUCGGGCUUCAAGAAGUCCUUCAACUUCACCUGGAUCGGCUGGCCGGGCUUCUGCAUCCCGCAGAAGGACCGCGCGCACGUCGACAAGCGCCUGAUGGAGGAGUACUCCUGCCAGGCCGUCUACCUUGAAGACGACGUCGCUGAUCGCCACUACAACGGCUUCUCCAACUCUAUCCUCUGGCCCCUCUUCCACUACCAUCCCGGCGAGAUGAACUUCGACGAGGAGAACUGGCUGGCAUACCGCCAGGCCAACCAGCAGUUUGCGGAGGCCGUUAUGCAGCAGAUCCGACCGGGCUCGAUGGUUUGGGUCCAGGAUUACCAUCUCAUGCUCCUUCCCAUGCUCCUCCGCAAUCUCGUCGAUGGGCCGACCAAGAGCGGACAGAUACAGCAGGAGCUCGAGAAAAUCACGGAGGGAAUCAACGAGGAGGAGGGUGUGGCCGCGGACUCCAAGAUUCCUGGCGUCAAGAUCGGCUUCUUCUUGCACACACCAUUCCCCAGUAGCGAGAUCUACAGAAUACUUCCCGUCCGACGAGAAAUUCUGCUCGGUAUCCUCUACUGCGAUCUCAUCGGCUUCCACACAUACGACUACGCCCGCCACUUCCUCUCCUCAUGUACUCGCAUCCUCGCCCUGCCCACCAUGCCCAACGGCGUGGAGUUCGACGGCCGAUUAGCGCACGUCGGCACCUUCCCGAUCGGCAUCGAGCCCGGCUCCUUCAUCAAGACGCUCGAGAAGGACUCCGUCAAGAAGCGCAUCGCGCAGCUUGAGCAGCGCUUCGACGGCGUCAAGGUCAUCGUCGGCGUCGAUCGGCUCGACUACAUCAAGGGCGUCCCCCAGAAGCUGCACGCGCUCGAGCUCUUCCUCACCCAGCACCCCGAGUGGAUCGGCAAGGUCGUGCUCGCGCAGCUCGCCGUGCCCUCGCGGCAGGACGUCGAGGAGUACCAGAACCUGCGCUCCGUCGUGAACGAGCUCGUCGGGCGCAUCAACGGCCGCUUCGGCUCCGUCGACUUCAUGCCCAUCCACUUCAUGCAUAAGAGCCUGCCGUUCGAGGAGCUCUGCGCGCUGUACGCGGUGAGCGACGUGUGCCUGGUGACGAGCACGCGCGACGGCAUGAACCUCGUCUCGUACGAGUACAUCGCGUGCCAGCAGGAGCGCCACGGCGCGAUGAUCAUCUCCGAGUUCGCGGGCGCGGCGCAGAGCCUGAACGGCUCGAUCGUCGUGAACCCUUGGGACGCGCAGGCGGUCGCGGACGCGAUUCACGAGGCGGUGACGAUGGACGCGGACACGCGCGCGAAGAACCAGCAGAAGCUGUUCAAGUACGUCGAGAAGUACUCGGCGGCGUUCUGGGGGAGCUCGUUCAUCAAGGAGAUGGCGAAGCUGUCGGUGGAGGAGGGCGGGAAGAGCACCCAGUCGAAGGAGGAGGCGUCGCGGGUCUUGUCCCCGCUUGGUACAGAUAUCGUCGAUGGUGCUGUCGUUCAGCCGGGUGCGGAGGCAGAGUAGACGUGACUGUUGCAUGUAUACCAGACACGAAGUGUAUUGUACUUACUCACUGUAACUCUAGAUGUUCGCGUUAGAGCGC